GCAGCUCGAGAAGAUCAGCAGGGACGGGAGCGACAAGGGCGCCGGCUUCCACUUGAGGUACGAGCACGCGAAGAGGUGCAUCGAGGCAGUGAUGAACGUCUUGGUGAUGAAUUCCAGGCGGAACGUCCAGGACGACGUCGAGGAGGCUGCCGAGAAGAACGUGCUGUCGCAGGCGUGCGUCCGCUUCCUCCGCAGCGUCAGCGCCUCAGUGGACAUGAGGAGCGUCCACAUGCGCACCGUGCCCAUGCUUGAGAGCAUGGUCACCGUCCUCCGCCUCGAGGACCAGCUCGGGAGGCCAGAUGACCCGGACGUCUUCGUCGAGCGGACCUGGACUGGACGCUCCGUCCAGCCCCUGCUCCAGUGCCUCGAGGGUGCCCAGCGGCUGAAGAUGACUGGGAAGGUGGCCUUCAGGGUACUUGCUCGCAUGGCCGAUGUGCUCGAAGGCCACACGGACGACCAGCCCACCGAGGGGACUCAGCAGCUAGCGGCCCACGAGAAGGAGAUGUGGAACGAGAAGGCGAUGGCGGCAAGGACGCAGUACAUGAACGACAUAGAGCUCACAGACCAUGAGCUGCAGCUCAAGGUGUUCAGUUCGAACAGCGGUCCGGAGCGCAUCGUGCGCUACCUGUCGGACCUCAUGGACGUCCAGGCCCCGCAGGCGCAGGGGGGCCUGGCCUGGAACCCGCUGGAGUCCGAGGCGUUCGCCGACAGCGUCGCUCCCGACGGCCGCGGGCGCGGCGCCGACGGCUCCCGCGAGGCUGCCUUGCAGCCCCUGGAGCAGGGCACGGUCGCCGAAGCGCCGUCGCUGACCUUCCUGGGCGGCAAGGACCAGACCUUCUCUGGCACGAAGGUCGAGGAGACCGUCGAUCUGCGCAAGCAUUCGGAGUGGAAGGGCAGCAUCCAGGGGGCUACCACCAUCCUCUUCGAGGCCAGGUGGGACGCGCUGAAUUACGGUAGCCGCAUCAUCGAUUUCGGCUCCGGGGCGCCCAGGGAAAACAUCAUCAUCUGCAACCAAAAGGAGACCAACAACCUGAUGUUCCAGAUCUACAGCGGCGCAGAGCAAGCCAGUUUGGUGGUGGCCGAGUGCAUACAGGUGGGGCAGAUGAACAAGUACCUGUGCACGGUGAGCGCCUCGGGCCACAUGCGCGUGCUGCGCGACGGCGUGCUCGUGGGGGAGAAGACGCACGGCUGCGCGCCCGCCGCCUUCCGGAGGUCCACCCUGUUCGUCGGCAGGUCGCACUGGUCCAGGGACGCCCUCUUCUGCGGCGUCAUCAGGGACCUGAAGGUGUGGUGCGGGAAGGUCCUCGACUGGGACACCGCUGUGCCGGACCUUGCCGACGAGCAUGAGGAGGAGGGGGACCUGCAAGACGAGCGGCUGGACCGCCGGUACCUGAUGAAGUCCCUCCUCGACUGGGACGCCGGCGAGGAGCCCGUGCGCAGGCAGCCCCUCCAGGGCGUGGGUGCCGUCCAGGCGGCCGAGAGGCAGCAGCUGGACAGCCUGUGGCGCGCGGACGGCUCCAUCAACCCCGCGUAUCUGGUGUCGGCGGCGCUGCGGGGCCUCUUCGUGAUGCUGCGGACGUCCGGCCACGAUCGCCUCAAGCAGGCCACCGUGGCCUCGGUCCGCCACAAGGUGACGGUCGCGGGACUGCUGGCGGCGGUGUGCGCGUGCGACCCGCUGGACUGCUGUGUGGCGGCCAAGUUCCUGCGCCUGAUGACGGAGUCGCUGGAGAUGCCGCCCUCGCAGCUGCACGAGGAGUGGGAGCCCGACGGUGGCAGGCCAGGGGGCAGAGUGCGCGCGGUGGCCUGCUACCUCUUGAAGGGAUACGCGGCGCACCUUUUCGCCACGUCGCCCCACCUGGUGAAGCGUGCCGACCAGAAACUCGCCGAUCGGUUGGUCGUCAGAGGCCACAUGCUUGUCGAGCAGAUUGCCGCCUUUGCCUCCGUGGUGAGCCGCACGAUACCGUCUUGCAUCGUCUCACAGGAGAGGUUGGUGCAGAGCAGCUUCGUGGCCGCAUGCUUUGAGCAGCUCCUGCCGAUGGCCGUCGUCAAACCAAUCCUUGAGUUCGCGAUCAGGGCACAGGCCCAGGCUCAUCAAGAGUCGCACGACGAGCGCAGGCUGAUGGAGCUGGUCGAGCUGGCGUUGACGGGGCUGCUCGCGCACUGCCCCGCGGCCAGGUACGAGGUCCUGGAGGUGUUCAGCACCAUCAUGGUGCGCUCGCCGGAGAUCUGGGAGGGGUCGGCCUUCUUGAAUUCGCUGCUGGGCGGGAUGCAGUCGGGCGGGCACAGGGUCGACAUCGAGCAGUUCUUGAACAGAUUCGGCAGGGACUUUGCGGAGCCCCCCAUGAAGAGAGCAGAGAUCUACGCGGGGGAGGGGCCGCGCGAGCCGGACGAGGCCGACGAGCGGAUGCUCAGCCUCUGCAGGGUGGACGCGUUUCUGGACGGACAGAGUCUUCUGGUGCAGGACCCGAGCCACGAGACUGCCUGCAUGGCCUGUAUGCUCACGAACAGGGGGCUCUACAUCCUGGACCUGACGGUCGGAGACUACCCCAGGGCGCCGCACAUCGUGCUCUUCUACCCCUACUCGGACAUGACGCGGCUCGUCAGGGCCUUCGUGCCCUCGGCCCUGUACGUCGGCUGGGCGUGCAACCCCGCGGGCUCUGGGAAGCUCGAGGAGGAGUUCCUCACUCUCGUGUGCCACAACGAGGGCGACCGCCCGAGGAUGCUCGGCUCCCUGCACGCGUUGUCGCAGCCCCCCGGAGGCACGUACAAGCACCGGGUGCCCCUCCAGGCCGACAGCGCCAUGCGCGCUGCGAUGCAGAGGCUGCAGCUCGGCAGCACCACCCGCACCCUCGUGCUCAAGAGGGCCCGCUACGACCUGAGUCUGGUGCUUCUCGUGCUCACUGACCACGCGCUGCUUCUGUUCACGCCCGUCUUCGGCAACUGGCGGCCCCCGCCAGACGACGAGGCGCUGGAUGGGGACUACGACGAGGACGAGGACCCCGUCAGCGACCCGGCAGUGGACGCAUCGUCCCGCGAGGC